UUUUUUUUUUUUUUUUUUUUUUUUUUUUUUUCCUCGUCCGACUCCUGAGAAAUCAGGCCCUACCUAGGUAUCCAUAACUGAUAGAUAUAUAGCCUUCCUAGCAUUUAUGAUUAGAGUUUACAAUAAUUCUUCCAAUCUCGGGGUUAGUACACUUAUUAUUGAAUUACAAAACGGCAGUUGCUGGAUCAAAUGCCUCCAAAUCUAAAACUCAAAAUCAGAGUCAAAAAUAUAUAGAACAGGCGGAUUUGGGAUACUGAUGGCAUUCCGCUAUUCUUAUUCAGCUUAAGCUUUCCGAUCCUUUCUACAUGAAUACCCGAGUCCGUCAGAUGCAUACGUGUAUUCCUUCCGCUGCAACCUUGCUUCUGAACAAUGUUCUAGUCCAUCUCUUACUUCAAUUCAAGAAGUGGCCCUAUAUCUAUUUUCGUUCCCCAAACUUGUCCAUAACUGACAGUCAGAGACUAGUUACAUGAUGUCAUAAAGUUUCUUUUCACACCACACAAGACUCAAGAAUCGAUACAAAAUAGGCAGGAAUUUUCAACCGCGCAACUCUACGAAAUAAUUAUCUGCUUCGCGGUGAAGUUGACAAACGUUCGGAAACCAAGGGCCUCUCCUCACUACGUGUCCGGAAUAUCUGUGCGUUUUCUAGCAAAGUGAACGAUGGAGAAGCAUUCCCUAAAGGAUUACUACGUAAAAGCAUCCGAAGCGCUAACAAGGCGUGUCGGGAAGCUAUCACGGGGCAUCAAACGCAGUAGGAGAAAGGAGACGGUUCAAGUUUCCUAUCAAGACGGUCUACCACCAUUUUUCAACUUAAGUGACGAUGUCAUUUAUUAUCUUAUUAAGGCAAUCCCUCCCGCGGAUGGAGCAGCACUCGCUGUGACAUGCAAAGCCAUAUGGUUCAUAAUCGGCGGGUCCCCCGGUGUUCGGAAGCUCAUUGAAAACAAGAAAGAUCGCGUUAGCCUCCUCGCGAGGCUGGAGAUUUUCUUUCCUCAACAUGUUCUCUGUCAUCAAUGCGCGGUUUUCCAUCGCCGUCGGAAACUAAACCGUCAUAUAUCAUUCCAGCCAAGACCUUGUGAUGAGGUGAACAGACCUAUAAAGUUUUGGGACUGUUUUUACCAUCUCCCGUUCUCCCUGGCUAAAGAGGUUAUGAAUCGUCACCGAUACGGGAAGGACUAUGGAUGCCCGAUAUCCGAGAUUGGUUGUUGUGCGGGAGAACUUGGAUGCCCUGAACAUUUCAGAUUUCGGCGUUUAUUUGGUAGCGCCAAGAUCGUCAAUGGCAAUCUAGUUCUGCAAACAGACCAGUAUGCAGUGUUAUGUGGUAAAGAAGGGCCAGUUUUGCCAUCUGCGAAUUUUUUCCACUCUCGGAAUGGCACGUUUCCAACGCUCCUUUUCUCCAAAAUCAGGGGGAAGAGGGAAUGUACAUUCAUGCGAUGCCCGGACUGCUCUUCUGAAUUUCGAUUGCUUGUUGACAGGGUAGAAGGGAAGAAUCUAGUUAGGCAAAGGAUCACGACUUGGAUAAACGCCGGAGCUUGCGAAACACCGUAUGAUCCUCAGUGGAUAUCGGCGGCGGGCUGUCAGUGUGCAGGUCUUCGAGAUUGUCACCGUAUCAUACCAGAGGAUUCCUUAUAUCUUAGCCACUAUAACGACAGACCGCCUUCUGACCAGAAACGGGGCUUUUUAAACUUAUCGUGGAGGGAUUUUAGGCCUGACCCUUUUCUAUUUGGAAUUUCAUUCUAGUUACACAACAGAAGAGGGGAGGGAUGGAGGGGAUCGCUGCCUGCUAUCACCAGGAUACAAGGGAAAAAAAAUUAAAAUCAAAAUUCAAAGAAGUCUCGAACAGCCACACUGGCACAAACAAAGCGGGAAACAAAAAGUGAAAUGCAAGUAUGCCUGUUCAAUCCAACAAUAAUAGCACAAUAAGGAGCAAAAGCCGACACUAUCUCCAUGUUGGCUGGGAAAAGCCUGCCCUUUUUCAGGAGAAUGAUUAAAGAGCCAACACUCGUUUAUUUCACGGAGGCCAGGACCCUUCAGGGAACCCCAGCUCAGAGGGACCAUCGUUCCAAUCCCGAACAGGCCCCUUGCUGCUAGCAAAUUAACUCAAAAGUGACCCCCCUGAACUACUCUCCAUCACCACAAGUCACCACUGCGCGACCCGAGACUCCAAUCACUACGCCAAUUUUCCGAAAAUUAAUCUUAAUAAAUGGGAUGGAAAGGGCUAUAUGAACGGCUCAAGGGCAUAUCUGCAUAUAAACUUCUUAUAUGCAUGUAAAUAUGUUUUAAUAACUUAUUAAAUAAUAUACUCGCACAGCUAAUAUCUAAUAUUAAGGAGAUUGUUUUGAAAAAGUAUCCGCCAGCAUGGCAAUAUGCAUCAUCAUAUAACGAUAAAUUCUAUCUCCCAUCCAUCCCUCACAAGUGAUCAGAAAAAAGGGGAAAUCGAGAAAUCCUUUUGUCUUUUAUUUUUAACCCUUUGAUAAUGAGGAGGAUGGGGGCGGGAAAAUGACAUUAUAUGCACUAAGGUGGGUAUCGAAAUCGAGAAAGGAAAUUGAUUAAAUGAAUAUCAAGAUAUCAGAACAUGCCAGCCAUGUAAAAAGGAUUGUACUCAUAACAGAAUACAAGGGUGGAAAAGCGUUAAAGAGGAAGAAAAAUUAACAAAAGCAAAAAAUCAAUACAAGGAAUAAGCAUGAAUGAGGAACAAAAGAAGUGGGGAGACUCAUCACACGAAAGGGAAAAGUAAAGGAAGAUAUCAAUCAAAUCAAACAGACGCUCACGCAAACUUGAUUCAGAUCUAUAAUCAUGCGGAUACCAGUCAAACAAGGUGGUAAUGACGGGUUAAGGAGUAAAGCAACUGACAGUUUUACAGAAGCCGAGGAGGGAGGGACAGCCAGCAUAUGCCAGGUUCCGGUAGGAUAUGCGAAGAUUCUAACAUGCCGAGAAGGACAAUGGAAUGAAGGCUGGGAGUUUGGAACUUGGUGGUGGGAACUGUCGAAUACAGCCAAAUGCAUUUUCAUCACAUCAACUAACCACCACCCCCUUCAUGCCAUUUUUAAAGGAAGUUUAACCGCGCCCCAAAAAUAGCCAAAAAAGAAAAGAAAAAGAAAAAAAAGAAAAGAAGA